AUGACUGAACAUGCCCGUGUCGAACACGUCGACCAUGCGCCACUGGAUUUCGACGAUCCUCACCGCGCAGCGCUAGAGGACAAUCCAAAGAAGGCAGAACGACUGCCCUUAAAACCCUUCAGGCCGUCACGUUCUUGGCUCUCUCCUACGUCUCUCGCAGGCUAUUCCUCAUCUCAGCGAUCCUCGUCCCCGUGGGCACGCAACUGGAUGAUACGCGAAAUAUUGCUUGGAUCUUUUUGGGGUGGUCGAUUGCUUCGUCAGUCUCCUUUUCAAUCGCUGGCAAAUUAA